AUGGCAAGAGCCUGUUGGGCAAUGCUGAUAUUGCUAGUCCCUUUGAUUUCCUGGAGCUGCUAUGCAGAUGACACCGUUGCAGAUGACAUUGGAAUUCACCAAAUGACCCGUAUUGUAGAGCUACUGAGCCCUCAGGAAUGUCAAGACCUCUACCGUACUCUCACCACUCCAGAAAAAGAUAUGCUGAAAGAGGCAGAACGAUUGUCAAAAAGCAAUAUGGCACCUCUAACCAGGAAAAAGAGGGACAUAACCAGUAUUGAGCAGUGCAAGGAAGUCAUGAUGAACUGGCUGUCGAGCCAAGGACAGGGAAUGCCAUUUGACCGUCUCUUCAGAGCUUUGGAGCAAGUUGGCAGGGACGAUAUUGCAGUGGAAAUGGGAAAGAACAUCAACCAAGACAAAAUACUGGGCUUGAAGAAAUAUGUGGAGAAUUACCAGAAGGGAGUGGAGAGCAUGCAGUCGGCACUAGUUGCCGAUGAUUCCAACAAGGAAGAAGGAAACGUAAGGACAAUACGAGACCUGAGCGAAAUAAGCACAGAAGAAAUGGAGCUGAUCAUCGAGAGAGAACAGCUGCCACCUUACGACCGGAGCAUGCAUGCCUGGAUCUGGCCCGUGGUUUACGGCAUCGUGUCUGCUUUUGGGGGGACUCUUAUUUUAGCUGGUGGUAUUGCCUAUUGGUCCGUGAGUAUCAGUCGGUAUGACUUAGAGGAAAUCAAGAAGCAGCUUGCUGCAAAGAAAAAAGGCAGAGCCAAAAGGAAACAUAGUGCUGCAAAAAAGUGA